AUUUCAAGCAGAGUGGCAUCAACGAUGAAGGCUGCAGAAAAGGCGGCCUUCUACAUCUUCGCGAAACGACGAUAACGACGACAACAACAGAAAAGUCACGCACCGCGUGAUGGAAACAUCCCAAGUGGAGACUCGACAAUGAAAGCGAAACCGUCGCUUCAAUUAUGUCCACGACUUGCCAUGUUCAGACGAGCAAAGCGACUAUAUAUGACAGAAAGCAGGUUCCGUGCAGCCAGUCUUGACAACGAAACGCCAUAUCGUCUACUAAAAUCAAUCUUAAAUUUUACACUUCGCAGUUAUUUUAGAGUUUACUUCGUCGCCAAAGAUGUUGUUUCACAUCUCGCGGGUUUUAACUACGGCAUUAAGCUGUUUCGCUAUACUCGCCAAUUGCAGUCCAAAGUUUAAUGAUGGAGGGUUCGUACCUAGUUCCAUUACUUACAUAGAAAAGCAGGCGAAAGUGCAAGAUCAAGUGGCCAUGACAUCUCAAAUUAAUCAACGCGAAGAAACACCAAAACGUGAUUCGAAUGAUAUCACAGAUCGUAACCAAGAAGCGCGAUUCGGUUUUACUAAUAUCGGGAGUACAGGGAGUGGUUAUGGCAUGUCACCUUACGCACCAGCAAAGAUCGAUCUCGGCGGACUUCUGUUGGGUGCCAUCAUAGGUGUAGGAUCAAUCCUUAUCAUACCAAAAUUGCUCUAUAUCUUGUCUGGUACUUACGGCGCUUAUGCGAGAAGUGAAGAUAAUGGCUUCGCCCAAACCCUGACGAAAAUCGACGAUGUCUUGGCUCGUCAUGGUAUUGACACGACUUCGUGUAUGCAGCGUGCGGUGUGCACUUACUCACAACAGGCAGCUGCCGCAGUCAGCGACGAGGACAAUGGCGUAGACGACAAGGUAUCAUCCUUCGACAGGAUGGUAAAUACUAUCACUACCAACCAAGUGUUCCGCACAACCAUGCAAGGUACGGCGAUACAAGAAGCAGCGGAAGCGGGUAGAGUCGGCAGGAACUGUUUAAGAUCAUAUCCACAUUGUGGAUUCUCGAUGGAAACUUUACUGUCGUUGUUAUCCAGUUUCAUCGCAGCAGCAAACACACGCGUUACAACGCCCAUCUCGUCAUUGUAACUAUUAUAUGUAGAAUCUUUAUAGAAUUCAUGUCGUUUCUUUUUUUACUAAUUAGUGAACGAAAGUAAGGAGAAUGCGUUGCAAAUCAUUAUAGCUUUGUGUCUAAAUUAAGUCAAAGAUAUAUGAAGAAAUAUCGAAGAAGAAAAAAUA